AAUGACUACAGACUUCCCCCUCUUCCCGUCCCUCCCCCCCGAACUCCAAGACCACAUCUGGCACCUGGCCGUGCGCCCCCUGCCAGGCAACCACCACAUCCACUCCUUCUACCUGGCAGACCACUACGUCAACAAAGCCACCGUCGGCCAGAAAUACCAAGCCGACUUUCUCCACUUCACCGCCGGCAGACACGGAUGGAGCCUAGGAGUGCCCCGCGAGGGCAACCGCUCCGCCUACGCCCUAGACAUCGGUCUCUGGCACGCCUGUCGGCAGAGCAGAAAGGCCUUACUAAACCACUUCCGGAGUAAUAAAUACUGGGCUGCACCAAUAGACGAGUUCCAGCCAUCCCCAUCAGCAGAGAUAGACGUCUACAACGACAAGCCAAGCUCAAGCUCAAUCUCAAUCUCGCCAAACACACAUACAGGCGUGUACAUCGACAGCAACAAGAAAAGGCAAUAUAUCACCAUCUUCCCACGGACUGAUCUCGUGCACAUCCUGGACCCCGUCGACCACUACUGGUUCCACCAGUACGCGGGGGAUUAUGUGCCGCUGUUUGACGCGCCGGCGCGCGGGUGGGGAGCUGGACAGGGUGGGCCGGGGUUUGUAGGGAGAAAUGUUGCGGUGGAUUUUGAGCCGAGUUGGGCGGAGAAGAUUCCGGGGCCGGUGGCGGAUAUGAUUGAUGUGUUGUAUACGGAGGCGGUGCGGACGGUGUGGUUUGUUGAUUCUCGGUUAAAGCGAAAAAUACAACAUGGGAGUGCAGGAUCUACUCCUGGAAUGGUGUUUUAUGGGUGGGGGUAUAGGCUUGUGGAGGUGAAGAGGGAGCAGCUGUGGUUGUGGGAGAUGGACACGCCUGGAAAGACGGCGUUUGACCUGUUCGACCGGUUUGAGAGCGAUACGAAUGGGCGGCUGGAGGUUGACGACCCGGACCGACUGGGGGUGUUGGCUAUCCUAUCAUAGUCAUAAUAUAUAUACAGUAUCUAUAGAGAGUAUAGAUAGACCGGGUAUCAUCGGAACCGGCCCGGCGUCGGAUCGGGGAAGAUCGCUAGUCUGGGGUAUACCCACAAUCAAUUUAAUA